AUGGCCAGCGAGUGGUCCGAGCAUCAAGACACUGCAACUGGAAAGACCUUCUACUCCAACAAGCUUACCAAAGAGACUACCUGGCAGCGCCCUCAUGCACUGUUGAAGGCCGAUUGGUUGGAGCUCAAUGAUCCGGAUAGUGGGAAGACUUACUACCACAACAAGUUCACCAACGAGACAUGCUGGCAACGGCCAGCGAUACUUGCGAAGGAUGACUGGGCUGAGCACACGGAUCCGAAAACGAAUAAGGUUUUUUAUUUCAACAAGCUCACUCAAGAGACCACCUGGGACAGGCCUGCUGUAUUGGCUCGGGAUGACUGGGCUGAGUACAAGGACUCAGCAACUGGGAAGAUAUACUAUUCCAAUAAGCUGACUGGUGAGACAUCUUGGGACAGGCCGGUGGUGCUUGCAAGAGAAGACUGGGUCAAGCACACAGAUCCGAAGACGGAGAAAACCUUCUACGUCAACCAGCGCACCCAGGAGACCACUUGGGACAAGCCAUCUGUGCUUGAAAAGGAUGAGUGGGUUGAGUACAAGGACCCAGCGACUGGAAAGAUGUAUUUCUGCAAUAAGGUCACGAGAGAGACAACAUGGGACAAGCCAGCCGUGCUUGCGAAGGAUGAUUGGUCUGAGCACAAGGAUCCAGCAUCUGGGAAGACGUAUUACUGCAACAGGCUCACCAAGCAGACUUGCUGGGAGAGGCCGGCGGUACUUGCCAAGUGCGACUGGGUCGAGUACAGCGACGCAGCCACGGGCAAGACUUGGUACUACAACAAGCAUACUGAAGAGACUUCAUGGGAGAAGCCAGCGGUGCUUCGAAACAGCGGUGCAUCCGAGCACACUCCGGCGCCGCAGUUUCCGGAGAAGCCGGCAGUACCCAAGGAGUCCGAGAAGACACAGCCGUCAUCGCAACCAGAAGUUCAAGCUGCCCCACAGGCAGUUCCAGUAAAAUCCAAGGAGAUGCUCGGGCUUCCAACUGAAACGCCCGAGCAUUGGUCGGAGGCCAACGAGAUGUCCUCUCAAGGCUGGUCGGUGAUCCCCGUGGACAAUGAGACCUUGCAGUGCAUCAAGGGCCUUUUUGUCGUCACAAAACCUGGGGAGCUGGGCAGAGGUAGGGAUGCGCACGAGUAUUCGCGAGCCUACAAGAACCUCGAGGUGGUGUGUGCCUGGCGCCUGGAACAUCCGACGCACUGGCUGAAGUACGCAGCAGAACGGAAUGCGGUGAACUCAAACAUGGCGCAGCUGCGACGACAGAAGAUCGAGCUGACUAGCUGGAAGAGCAAGCUGGAAGAUGCCUCUGGCAGCAUGCCUGGCAGCCUGUUUUCACAAGUCGGCGAGCGCUACCUGCUACAUGGGACGAGCCCGCAGAGUGUGCUCGACAUUCUCCACCAAGGAUUCAGCGACAAGCUCGCCAGCCUUAGUGGCAUUUUCGGCGCCGGAAGCUAUUUCGCCGAAGAUCCGGAGAAAAUAGACCAGUACACACAGCCGGAUGGGGGCUACAAGACCACUGGUUUGGAGGAGCUGCAUGAGCAGCUCUUCGCCGAUGAGGGGAAUGUGCAUCCAGGAGAGGACAUCUUCUACUGCUUCGUGGUACGAGCGACGUGUGGGGCGGCCCUGGUCACUGAAGGUUUGGAUCACGACAGGUUGAAGGACGUCAACACCAACAAGCAGGUUUUCCUGCGGUCUGAUCGUCGGCAGCUCUGCCACAUCCCUGGUGCGACCCCAUCCAUUUCUUACCACACCCUAGUCGUGGACGUUGCGAAACGGAAGGUCCCGACGUCUGUCCUCCGCUUUCGGGAAAUUGUCCUCUUUGAGGACACCCGCGUUUAUCCGGAGUAUCUGAUUGCUUACCGUUUGGACAAACUCCUGGAUCUUGGCUUGAAGAACUCCUCAGAGGAGGCGAUGGCAGCCAUGGGCUUAGCGAUCUGCGCUGCAGCGAGUGAUCCGCUGGCGCCCUCAGGGCCCACGGCGGCAGCUCGAGCCGCAGAUUUGCUGCAGCGGCUGCUCGUGCUGGCCGGUGAGGAUGAAAAGGCUGCUGCCGAGGAGCAGCAGCCCAGCGGCGUGGAGGAUGGUGCUGAAUCCUUGGCCAAGAAGCGCGAGCUGGCAGCGAAGAAGGACACGCAGCAGCGGUGCGCCGUCGUCUGGCUGUCGGUUCUGAUCCGGCGGCUGGCUCAGCAUCGUCUCAUUCUGCCGUCCAUAUCGGAGCUCACGGCACCUCUUUGCCGUGCUCUUGCGCGAGCAGUGGGCGGCCUUUCCAUGUUUGUAGCCGAUUGUGCGCUGAAGUCUCUAUGCAAUCUCUACAGGUUGCUGCCCAGCGAGCUGCGCCCCGAGAUGCUGAAGGGCGUUUUCUCGUCCAUUUCGAAUCGCACGGUGGUUGCCAACAUGUUUGUCGGGACGCCGGACACGCAGGCUCGCAAGGAGGAGAAGGACAAGAAAGAUUCAGGUGGUCCAAACUCCUGGAAGAUUGCCGCCAAGGAGAGGAUCGACCAGGUGAAGGACUUGAUGUUCUUAUCGCGAGAGCUGCAGCAUCCGGCCCUCUUCAUUGGCCUUCUAGACCAGCCCUCCGGAUCCGUUUGGACGGGCGACAUCAUGAGAGAGGCCGUGGACCUGCAGGCUUCAUGCCUGCCCGACGAGCUCCAAAAUGAAGUUUGCCCGCAAACUUUGCGACCGAAGCUCUACGUCUACCUCUUCCACCCCAAUGCGCCGCUGCGUCAGACGGUCGUGUCCGUGAUGGCCAACUACUUCGGCUGUGAGUCACCGCAAGCCGUGUCCUCCAAGCAUCCCGAGGAGUGGCCGGCGCUAUCAAAGCACGUCGUGCUGUCCCUGGGCAGCGAGCGUGUGGCCAGCCGUGAGGCGGCGGUGCAGGCGGCGCAGACUUUGUUUCGUGGUCGGCUGUGGUCUGAGGUGUCUUCCAUCUUCGAGGAUCUUUGGACCAUCGUCGUGAAGCUCAUGGACGACUGGAAGAACUACAAGUUCUCCUGCGCGAAGAUCUCAGACGAAUCCAGGGACCUCUUCGGCAAGGAAGGAGUGGUAGUUCUGCGCGAGGUGUUUGAUCCAGAGGUGAUCGCAGAGCUGGCUGCGGAGGUGCAGUGUCGCAUGAGGCCCAAGACAGCGGCGGAGGACUGGGCGCUGUCUGCGGAGAACGUUUGGAUGGAUUCCGAGGUCUUUGCGCAGCUGGUGCUGCACAAGGAUAGCCCUUUGGGAUGUCUGGCAGCACAGCUCAUUCCGAAUGCCAGCACCAUCCGCUAUGCACACGAGACUGUGACAUUGCUCCAAGAGGGGCAAAAUGGCUCAACCGCCUGGAGCACCGACGCCAUACCCAGCAAUCUUCGCGACGAGGAUCCGGAGGAUGUGCCCUUGAUCCGCUUCUUUCUGCCCCUUGGGCCUCAGAACCUCAGCAACGUCACCGGUGGCUCCUUGAAAAUCAUACCACUUAGCGCCUACACCAAGCUCCGAAACUUCUUCCCUCCUUGCUUCGAGGGCCGCGCGGACGAGGAGAUGAAGGCCACAGGAGAACUCAAGGGAGAUUGCAUGGUGGCUCACCAACUCGCCUUCGCCCCUCAGCUCGCAAUGGGUGACAUACUGCUUUACAGCCCACUUAUACCGCACGUCACGCAGCAAAUGCUCACCGGCUCGCGGCUGGCUAUGCAGGGGAGCCUCUAUGAACCUGACCUUCUGGUGCCGUGGGUGCGGGACAUGCCACCACCCAAGUACGUGGACCCUCUGCGCUUCAACAUCCAAGGCUCGAUGCGGUACGACAUCUUUUGUCUGGAACAGGCUGCCUGUUGGGAUCACCAGGCGCGACAGUGUCACCACAACAUCAACUGGCAGAGCGCCGCAACCCAGGGCAUCAGCGAGGAGCCCACAGCUUGCUUUCCACAAGUGUAUCCUCACCCCGUGGAGAGCGAAGUAGCGACCCGGUUCUCCAAUGGGCUGUGGAACCCAAUGGGGCCGUCUGGAGUCAGAUCGCGCUGGAUCCUGUAUUCCUUCCCAGUGGUCAAGGCCUCCAUGGCGCCCAUGCAUAUUCUGUUGGACUGGUGGCAUCGGUUCGUGUGA